AGGUUACUGAUCGAGACCUGACGUGACGUAAAGUUUUUAAAGAUGGCCGCGUCCAUGCAAGACGCGGAGACGACGGCGGUGUUUGUGGAUAACAACUCUGAAGCUGAAGAAAACGACGAAAGCGAACAAGAAGACCAUCCAGCGGAACCCAAGAUCAGAGAGACCCCAGAAGACAUACUGUUUGAAGCUGCUGUAAACACAGUUGCAUUCCAUCCCAGCCGAGACGUCGUGGCAGCAGGGGACUUGGAUGGGGAUAUUUAUGUUUACUCGUACUCUUGUACAGAAGGGGAUAACAAAGAACUGUGGUCCUCUGGGCAUCACCUCAAAUCAUGCAGGGAAGUGGCUUUCUCAUACGAUGGCCAAAAGCUAUUCAGCAUAUCCAAGGACAAAGCUGUCCAUAUCAUGGAUGUGGAGGAAGGCAAACUUCUCUCACGAAUAUCAAAAGCCCACAGUUACCCUUUAAAUAGCAUGCUGGUGAUCGACGAGAACCUGCUGGCGACAGGAGAUGACAACGGCAUUCUGAAAGUGUGGGACUUGAGGAAAGGAACGGCUUUCAUGGAGAUGAAACAGCAUGAGGAGUACAUUAGCGACAUCACCAUUGAUGAGAGCAAGAAAAUCCUGCUUACGACAAGUGGAGAUGGCACAAUGGGGGUGUUUAAUAUUAAAAGGAGGCGCUUCGAUCUCUUGUCGGAGUUCCAGAGUGGGGACUUGACCUCUGUUGCCAUCAUGAAGAGAGGAAAGAAAGUGGCGUGUGGUUCCAGCGAGGGGACGAUCUAUCUGUUCAACUGGAAUGGGUUCGGAGCCACCAGUGACAGAUUUGCAGUACAGGCCGAGUCUGUCGACAGCAUUGUUGCCAUUACUGACAGCAUACUUUGUGCUGCUUCAAUGGAUGGAGUUAUAAGGGCUAUCAACCUGCUCCCGAACCGGGUCAUCGGCAGUGUGGGCCAGCACGUGGGGGAGCCCAUCGAGCAGAUCGCCAAGUCGCACGACAGGCGCUUCCUCGCCAGCUGCGCCCACGACCAGAAGGUGAAAUUCUGGGACAUUUCCUCCCUGGGGGACAUGGUUGUCAGUGACUACCGCAAGAGGAAGAAGAAGGGGGGCCACCUCAAGUCUUUGAGCAAGAAGGCCUUCGGGGCGGGGGAUGACUUCUUCUCGGGGCUGAUGGAGGAGUCGGCGCCGAAGGAGGAGGAGGAAGAGGAGGACGACAGCGAUAGCGGCAGCGACUGAGUACCAAGCUUUUCAAAAGCGUGGAAGACUGUAUUAUGUACAGAGUGAUGGAGAGGUUGGGGUCAGUGAAUGCUUUUAAAAGUAUCUAAAAACUCAGAAGUCGCAGGCAUCAGCUCACAAUUUAAUAAACGUUAAAGAAGUGAAGUAUGAGGGGGAGCUUGCUUCUGGCAUGUUGGGACUGCUGGACAUGCCUCCACAUCGAAGAAAAAAUAGAAUUUUGUGUCUAAAUAAAGUGCACAUGUUUAGAAUGAGGCUGUCCUCUACAUUGAAAUUCCUUAAUGGACUUUUUUAUUUGUUUUUAAACGAAACGCGAAUUAAGAUUCAAUACUAUUAGGACUGGAGAAGAAUGAACAUUUUUCAGGAUGUUGAAGUGUGCUGGCUUUUUCAUGGAUCCUCAUAGCUUAGAAAUGGGAGAAAUCCCCCAGUUUUUUAAAAAAUGGUUAUAUUUGGAGGCUUGCUUAUAAGACAGGAACUUUUUUUUAUGUUUCUUUGUUUACAUGUCUCUUAACAAGAAUAGAAAACAUUUUUUCAGCCCUGGCAAUCGGAAGUUUGAGAUUUUUAAAUCUGUAUAAAUUAUAUAAUUCUGUUUUAAACUGGUGGUCUGCAUGUGCGUUUUGUCUUACAGUGAUUAGUAUGUUUAAAAAUUGUGUGUCUGGUGUUGGAAUCAUGUCAAAACAUUAUUUUCUGAAAUAUGCCUUUAAGAUUUGAAAUAUCAAAGUGGGUCUCAAGAAGGUCAUGCAGCAACAGGCUACUCCCAGAUAGUUAUGUCUCAGAGUCUGGAGGGCACCAGGUUGAUCAGGAGCAGGAAUUCCAAGUGCUGGAAAAAGAUUAAGUGGAAUGGGUUCAAUCUGAAGAUCCACAAGAGUGCCACAGUAAUUCUGAGAUAUCAUUCCACCUCCUAACCUACAGAACGGUUUUACUUUUUGUAUUCAAGAUGGUAGGCCAUUUGAGAUGCUACAGUAUGUGUUUCUCAGUGCACAUGGGGGAGAGAGUGUUGUCAUCAAGGCUGGACAAAGCUCAAAUCUCAAAUCAGGCUUAGUAAGAAGUGCUCAUUACACGUUCAUUAGCAGAAAACAAUAUUCCAAAUUACUAUAACCAAAACAUGAAUUUAAAAUAUCAAACAUCAUCAAAGAACAUGUUUAUUUUUUCAUUUAGAGUUAGAUAUAAAAUACAGCUGUGUGGCAUACUAAAAUAUUCAGUUGUAGCAUUUGGAGGUGGCAGGAUCUAAAAAACAUGAAAGCAUCCAGUGCAGAGGACUAAAAGUACAGCUUUUCAAUUCUUUCAUUUAUAUGUUAAAAUUACUGUUAGAGUGACUUUUCCUUAGCCCAGAUUUUGAGAGCCUAUGUCUGAUUUAAUGGGGAAGCAAAUGUACCUUUAAUGUUUCUGAUGAAAGAUGUGAGAAAGACAUGCCUGAUACACAUGAAUCUGGCAUGGAUCACAGUUACAGGGACAAUUUAGAGACACCAACUAACAUUGGAAGGAAAAGGAAACUGGAGCUCCCAGGAAAAACCCAAGCAAAUACACAGAAAAUAAACAAACUGGGAAUUGUAGUGUGACUGGGAACCACUCCAGUCCCAUAGUGAAGGGUACUGAGACAGCAGUACUAACUGUGGAGCAGUAACAGACAACCUGUUCACAGCUUAACAGGCAUUACACUGUUCUUUCAGAUUAUUUGAGUAUGCCAAAUUGUGAGAUGUAUUUAAAGGAGUGUACAUUCCUUUCAGAAACCCUAGACAAGAAAGGUAGUGUUCAGUUUUUGAAAGUUGCAUAUGUAUGAGUGUUUGCUUUACACUACAGUUUGAAUAUAAAAGGGUUAGACUCUUUGGAUCAGCUACCUACUGGGCCACCAAACAAACUGAAUGGCCUCUUCCCUCUUAAAUUUCCACAAAGGUGUGAAAGCUCUUAAUAAUAUCCAACUGAUGUGUGUGUUAGAGUGGGUAUCAUGUCUUUGCUGUAACAUCACAAAUGUGAGGUGAUGAGCUGGUAUAUUAUCUCUGAAGCUAGACAGGCAGAGUUGAAGCAAAAGGCCACUGUUUCAAGGACAAGAAAAAGAAGGCAUUCCAUGCAAAAAAGUUUUGCAAUAGCUGUUGUGUGAAUAAAAUAACGUUUAGUUUAGAUCACAGCAUGGAAAUCUAAACAGGCUUAUUUUAAAUUGUGUCUUUUAUUGCUGUCAGCCAGCCUGCAGCUUACUAUAUGGUUCUUCAUUGCUGAGUAGUCAAGAACAAGAGCAGGAUGGCUGUUUUCUCAAUGGUGAAUGAUAAUUAAUUUGCUUGAUUGCCACCUUAAUGUAAAUUACAAACUUAAAAAGGGGAUGUUCUGUUUGCCAUACCACUGCAGAACUCUCUCAGUCCUGAUACAGUGGGAAUGUCUGUGUUCUGUGCAGGUGAGACAAAGAGAAGUGCCCUGUGGGAUGUCAGAUACAACCAGAUAUAAGCAGUUUUGCUGAGGAGUAACAGUGUCCUGAUAGAACAAGUCCAGCUCUUUUCUGUCAGAAAGCAAUCAUGUCAAAAUGCUUAAUCUGAACUAAUAGGCCUACUGUUGUGAAGCAUUAAUAACACACAUAAACUUCUAAGUAAAUUCUGCAAUUUCUAGUUCAACAAAUGAGCUAAUCUGCAAAGCCUAAUUCACAGACCUGUAGGUCACUAUGAGGCGGGCCAAGUGUGAGGACAACUCUUUAAUAAAUAUCUGGCCAGUAUUCUGCAGCACAGACAAUGUUUUGGGGUCAAAUAUACUAGCUUGUGAAAGUUAUUUUCAGUAUACAGUAUAUUUAUUCCUAAAUGGCAUAAAGUGACUCUCAGCCUCCUCAUUUGUGCUUGAUAUGUAAGAAGAUAAACACAGAACUUAUGGUGAUGUGCUGGUCAGCACUGCUCUCUCACAUUUCAUGGGUCCUGGGUUCUAGCCUGGGGUUCUGCUUUCUGUAGAAUAUAUGUGUUCUCUCUUUGCUUUUGAGGCGUUUGUCUGAGUGCUUCAGUUCAGUUCAAUUCAAUUUCAAUUCAAGGUGCUUUAUUAGCAUGACUGUUGGGUACAAUCAGUGUUGCCAAAGCAAAUAAAAAUAAUGAAAUUCACAGAACUGCUGAAGGUGUCUCUAAACAAUCUCAGUCUUUUGGCUUCAUUAUGACCAUUUUUAGAGACUUCUAUAUGAUUAAUCGUUACGGUUUUUAAGUUGUUUUUUUCAAAAUUAAAUGUUUACUUUAUUGUUGCAACUUUGUAGGAGCAAAUAUCCAGCAUGUAUUUCAUUCUAAAUGUCUGCUUCCUGUUCUACUGUAGAAAAAGGACUAGAAAUGUUUUUUUCCACAGGUUACUUUUAAUGAUUUCUGCAUUCCGUUCUGUUGAAGGGGGACGUGUGUGAGGGGGGUGGUGCUGGGUAAAUGAUUUCAUGUGUAGAUUUAGCCUCCUUGGGUGCAACUGUCUUGCUGUCAUAGCAACAGGCACCACAAAGACAGCAUUCAGGAUAAAGAGGCCUAGUUAGGGGCAGUGUAAUCAAUGAGUGUUUUAGCUGUAAAACCAAAUUGUGGAGAGAGAUGGUGUUACUCUUAUACUAAGCCACGGACUACAAGAUACCUAGAAAUACUUAAAAUCCUAAUAGAAGAAAAUUAAUACUUUCUUAUGACAAAUGAGAAAUAAUCCAACACUUGAAGUUGUGACAGCUAUUAAUGCUUAGGUUAUUUAUUUUUACUCUAGCAUUUUGUUUACUUUUACCAUUUCCCUCACAGCACUUACCUGUGGUAUUUCUGUGUUUUUAAUUAAAAUCAGCAUGAAGUAAUUUCCAGUUUUUAUAGAUUAAAUGUAAUCAUGAACAGCACGGCCAUUUCUCAAACAACAUUAGAUGUACUGUACAGACAAAUGUACUUACAUCAUAGUUACUGCUGCACAGCCCAUAUGAGGCUUUUUCUUUCAAUACAAAAUCGUAAAGAAUCCCAGGGUGGGUCACUGUAUGCGUAAUGGUUAAUUAGACUUGCUCCUGCAAUGUUUGUCCUGCACUGUGCUGAAUGUCCCGUCUGGACCUUAUCACCCUGAAUGAGCUCACCCUGUGGUGACGAAUCGAGACUCACAACUUGGCUAACGUUCCUGUUGUGAAGCCAUAACAAAAGCCAGUGAUGAAGCAAGCCUUGACGUUACACACACACUUACUCACCAGUGUCCUGGCGUCUGAGUGCCAUAUUAGCUCGGAGGUUUUGGAGGUCCUUUGAGAAAGUUACUUUGGAGAUCUGCAUAACAUUAAAGUUACACUAAAGCACUGAUCCAUAAUGUCGCACUAUUUCAUCUACUAUGUGUAAUAAAGUUUCUUUGUACUUGUGAAUCCA